CCUCCUGUAAGCAGUGAUGCAGAGAAGGAAACAUUGAGCACAGACUGCUGUGGUAACCUCCCCUCUGUAGUUAACCCUCGUUGUUCCGGUUCAUUUCUCUGGAUUUAGCGUGAACUCUGCCGGAGCUCCAGCGGAUUGUUGUUCCUUCUGAGGCCGGAUUAUCAGUCGCAGAAACCGGCUGAAGGCAGUGUGAACUGGCCGGAGGUGAAUCUCUCGAUCCCAGCUUCUGUACUGGACGUAUUGUCUGGAGGCUUCUGGAUCUUUUAGGACACUUUGACUCUUCAGUCUGUGUGACCGUGAAGGCUCCUCAGGUUCUCGGUUUUUGAUGCCUCGGAGGCCCCGGGAAGCCCAGACUGCGGAGCCCCGGAGAAGGGCUCGGACCCCGGGGAAUUAGAGGAGGUAUGCCCGCUGUGACUCUGUCUGUGUGAUCGGACCCCCGGUUCCAUCUACCAUGAACCCUCUGAACCAGAUGAAGAGCGGACUGGGCAACAACCCUCACAGUGACGGGUCGUACCCCUACGACCCCUCCAGCUGGCAGCAGCCCACCAGUCAGCCCACAGGGUCCCUGUCAGUGGUCACCACAGUGUGGGGAGUCACCAACCCUUCUGCCAGCCAGGGUCUGGGUGGAGGAGGGAUGGGGCAUGGGGGCACCCCAGGUCCCAUGAUGCAGGGCCAUGGGGGGCCAGGCAUGUCCGGAGGGCAUGGAGGCUACAUGGGCCAGCCGGGCUACGCCGAACCCGGGAAGGGUUACAUGAACCAAGGGAUGUACGGCCGGACGAGUGGGGGCUAUGCUGGGGGACCGGGGGGCUACACAGGCAGUUACCCACCGAACUCCGGAGGCUCCAGAGGCUCCGCUGAGUUUACCCAGGCUGCUGCAGCGGCUGCAGUGGCAGCUGCCGCCGCCGCCACAGCAACCGCCACCGCUACGGCAACGGUAGCCGCCAUCCAGGAAAAACAGAACCAGGAGAUGAACUAUGGACAGAUGGGGGGGCCGGGCUACAACAACCAGUUCAUGGGCCUCUCGGGCUCCCGUGGUCCUCCUGGCAUGGCGCCUGGAGGUAUUGGUCCAGGUCUUGGCCCUACCAGGGGUCCGCCCUCUAUAGGUUCUAUGUACGGGCCGGGAGGGGUCCAGCAGAGGGUCCCUCAACACCCAAACUAUGGCCCCGGAUCCCAGCAGGGACACAUGAGGCCCCCACAGGGCCUCAAACGGCCCUACAACUCUGAGUCGUUCCCGGGAAUGUCUCAGCAGUACGGCGUUCCUGUUGGCUCCAGUGUGAAUGUGAUGAGUGGUCCCGGAGGAGCUGGUGGCUCCAUGCCGAGCUCAGGUGGAGCUGGUCCCACGGGACCCGGUUCGUACUCUGGACCCAACAUGCAGUACCAUCCAGCUCCUGGUGGUCCUGGCUCCGCCCCUCAGUGUUCAGCCUCCUCCCCUUCCUAUCAGAGCCAUAAGAUGCCCCUCCCACAGUACCAGCCCUCUGGAGGUCCAAACUCUCAGUUCUACAAGCAGGACCAGUUUAACGGCCAGAGUGGGAAUUUAAACGCUCUAACAGCAGGGGGCGCUGGUGGUGUUUACAACUCCUUCAACCAACAAUCAGGGCCGGGCCGAUGCUUACCCGGUUACCCGUCCUCCCCCGUCCCUGGAAACCCGACUCCCCCCAUCACCCCCGGCAGCUCCAUGGCCCCGCCCUACAUGUCGCCUGGCAGCGCCGAUGUCAAGCCGAUGCCCUCGUCCUUCGUUCCAGACAUCAAACCAAACAUGGGCAACCUGGCCUCGUCUACAGGUAACCCGAGCGACGACCUACGUCUGACCUUUCCGGUCAGGGAUGGCGUGGUUCUGGAGCCCUUCCGGCUGGAACACAACCUGGCUGUGAGCAACCACGUGUUCCAGCUGCGCGAGUCCGUCUACAAGACGCUCAUCAUGAGGCCCGACCUGGAGCUCCAGUUCAAGUGUUACCACCAUGAGGACCGACAGAUGAACACCAACUGGCCCGCCUCUGUCCAGGUCAGCGUCAACGCCACGCCGCUCACCAUCAAACGAGGAGACAACAAAACUUCCCACAAGCCCCUGUACCUGAAACAGGUCUGUCAGCCGGGGAGGAACACCAUCCAGAUCACCGUCACCGCCUGCUGCUGUUCUCACCUGUUCGUCCUCCAGCUGGUCCAUCGUCCAUCUGUCCGCUCGGUGCUGCAGGGUCUGAUGAAGAAGAGGCUGCUUCCUGCCGAGCAUUGCGUCACCAAGAUAAAGAGAAACUUCAGCAGCGGUUCCAUUCCCGGGACCCCCGGGUUGAACGGAGAGGACGGCGUGGAGCAAACAGCCAUCAAAGUGUCGUUAAAAUGUCCGAUCACCUUUAGGCGGAUCCAGCUGCCCGCCAGAGGCCACGACUGCAGACACAUACAGUGCUUUGACCUGGAGUCGUACCUGCAGCUCAACUGUGAGAGAGGAACGUGGAGAUGUCCAGUGUGCAAUAAAACGGCUCUUCUGGAGGGACUGGAAGUGGACCAGUACAUGCUUGGGAUCCUCAUCUAUGUCCAGAACUCCGACUAUGAGGAGAUCACCAUCGACCCGGUCUGUAGCUGGAAGCCGGUUCCAGUGAAGCCCGACAUCCACGUGAAGGAGGAGUCGGAUGGUCCGGUCCUGAAGCGCUGCAGGACACUCAGCCCGAGUCACAUGGUUCUGCCUAGUGUCAUGGAGAUGAUUGCAUCGCUGGGCCCGGCGCCCUCCUCUUCCUCCAGCAUGUCUGUGCCUCCUGCUUCCUCCUCCUCGCCGAUGCAGUACCCCUCUCUGUCAUCAGGGGGCGGUAACACCGGCAGUAACACGCAAGACUUCACUGCAGCAGCGCCGUCCUUUCCCGCUCCUUCUAUGUCCUUCUCGGACUUCGGUCCCGGUUCUCCCAGCAUCAGGAACUUCUCCUCCCCCGGCCCUCCCCCUCUCUCCUACCAGCCGGAGCUCUCCAGCGCCCUCCUCACCCCCGACAAGCCUCCACCUCAUCCGCUGGGCUCACAGAUGUCGAGCCGUUUGGACUCCACUUCCCAUGGAGCCUCUCUCUCCCAGCAGCAGUCGCAGGGUCUCCAUGGUAACGGUCAGCUGAUGCAGCGCAGCAACCAGAACCCUCGUCUCCAAGGCGACAGCUCCUUUGGGCUCGGAGGGUCUACAGAUGUUCCAGAACCUUCACUGGACCUGCUUCCAGAACUGACCAACCCGGAUGAGCUGCUGUCCUACCUCGGACCUCCGGACCUGCCGAACAACAACGACGACCUGUUGUCUCUGUUCGAGAACAACUGAUGAGCUCCUGAACGGACCGGACCAGAGGAGCUGUUCCUCUCUGCAGCCUGAAGCAGAGGGAGUGCAGAACUUUAAAAUGUUUGGACCCGUGUGCAACUCAAGUCGGUUGUGACGUUCUUAUUUUACUGGUUUUUAUCUUCUGAAUCUAAACUCGUUCCGGCUUCUCGGAUCUCUGCAGCAUCAUGGACUGGUUCUGCCUUUCUCUCGGACUUUGCUUCUACAGUAAAUCGGGUGGUGUUGUCGAGUGGAGGCUGAUCGGGUUCUGGUUCUGACACAAGGAGCUUCUGAAUCAGAAUGAAGGCAAAGUUCUUCUCAGCUUGCUGCUUCAUUAUUCUUCUGCAGACAUUUUAUCCGGGUUCUGGUUCCAGAUGUAAGCUUGUUUAACUGGAUCUGAUGCUGAAUCAGAUUUGGUACAGUCCUUGUUUAGUACCAGUUCUGGUUCCACUGACUCUGAUACUAUAAAACUGUUCCAUGUCAGAACCAAUGUCUUACUGGGCCAGGGGAAACAACCGGUGGAAGUGACUGUUGGUGAACUAGGUUCUGAGCGCCCCCUGCUGUCUGUUCUCAGCCAAUCAGAGACUCCUCUAAACCAAAAACAACCUCUCUGUAAGAUGAUUGGCUGCCCGGGGCUUUACCUUCAUCCUCCUCAUCGUGGGCCUUGGUUCUGUUGUGGUCCGGUUCAGACUGUUGUGACGUGUUUGUGUCGCCGGGGGCAACAUGAGUGAGUCUGUGUGAUCCUGAAAUAAUAUGAAGAUGAAUAAUAAUGAGACGAGUUAAUAACCUUUGUAAUUUAAUAAACACGUCUGACGAGU